CGGGAACCAACAUUCACUUGCACCUUCUUCAAAACCGGGGGUUGCUUGCUCUCGAAAGAAGUCAUAGCUCUACGCGGGGUCUUCUGGUUUGCUCAGGAACGGACCACUUCACCGCUGCUGUCAUAUAAAACGACAGCAGUUUCCCCUACUUCAAGGUUCUCCAUAACCGCAACAUUCAAACACACAAACAGUUCCAUCCAUCAUGCCAAGCAACAAUACCAACUCAUGCAGCUCCGGUGGCUCCGGUAGCACUCAAGGCGGAAACUACUCGGUCUCCUCCAGCGGCACCAACUCGUCUGGCAACCACUACUGCUCGCGCGACUACGGCUCAUCCGCCUCGAACUCCAACAGCUACCACUACAGCAACUCCAACGGUAGCUACUACUACUCCAACCCGAACGGCUCGACUUAUUACAACAGCGGUAGCGGCUCCAGCAACUACACUCCGGCCAGUAAGAAGUAAAGCGCGGAAGGCCUUAAGUAACCACACCUGAUCACCGGAGAGGUCGAGAGGCUUGGAGCUGAACACGAACGAAUGGACGGGCGACCUGGCGUCGCAGUUCUUUGCACAUGGAAGGCACUCGAUCCUUGCGACGUCUAUGGUUGAUGGGCAGGUAAAUUGAUACUAGCUUUCUCCCCCAAGAUAGUCCCAUGCAGUCAAGGUGUGUACCUUGACAGUAUCGAGGAACUCUUCAAUUUUC